GACUCACAGGCGUCACAAGUGGUCACAAGCUGCGCACUACGGAAGACCACCGGUUGUAGAGGUUGUGUUUUAAACAAUUCGAUUUGCAAGGAAAUUUAAGAAUAAUGGGCUUCGCUCCAGCGAGGAAUUGUUUUCUGUACAUACUUGUAAUUAAUUGUAUCAUUCUCACCGCCGUGGCGAACGAACCUAUGAACAAGUUUCAAAUGAUGACGUCUAUGAAUCCGCAGGAUACGAUGACGCCGGAGGUUAAGGACAACCUCAGUUUUGUACACGCGUUCAUAGCUUCCGUGUCUGUGAUCGUCGUCUCCGAACUAGGAGAUAAGACAUUCUUUAUCGCUGCUAUUAUGGCGAUGAAACAUCCGAGAUUGACAGUAUUUGUAGGAGCGAUUAGUGCACUAGCUUUGAUGACUAUUCUCUCAGUGGUUUUCGGAUACGCUGCGACUAUUAUCCCUCGUAUCUAUACUCAUUACAUCUCCACAGCCCUUUUCGCAUUGUUCGGUUUGAAAAUGCUACGAGACGGGUAUAAAAUGUCUAUAACAGAAGCUCAGGAAGAGCUAGAAGAAGUACAAUCAGAUCUGAGGAAACGAGACGACGAGUAUGAAAAGGAUACGAUUAGCACGUUGGUGCAGGAUCCGGAAACCGGUGUUGUAAGAAAAGCGACAAAAAUUAAUGCACUGAUGCUCCUCUCUAGGAUAUUCCUUCAAGCAUUUACAUUAACGUUUCUUGCAGAGUGGGGUGAUCGAUCUCAGCUCACAACUAUUAUACUUGCAGCGAGAGAAGAUGUUUACGGGGUCGUAAUAGGCGGGAUAUUAGGACACUCCUUUUGCACUGGCCUGGCAGUAUUAGGAGGCAGAAUGAUAGCUCAAAAGAUUUCUGUGAGAACAGUGACCAUAAUCGGUGGUUUCGUCUUUUUACUCUUCGCACUGACUGCGUUAUUUAUAAAUCCCACCGAAGAUAUUUGAAAAUACUCCCUCAUCUGUAAACUACGAAAUUUUAUAAUUGUACAAAAGUUGUAAUGAAUUUAAUUGAAUAGCCUCGUAGGUUCCUACGAAUACGUAAUUUCUGUAUGUUUUAAUACGCAAUUAGGGUACGAGGAUAGUAUUUUUUAUGUAACGAGAAAUCAUCUAAAGUAUUAAUACUCCUAAGGUGUGUUAACCGUACAUAUAUACUGAUUAUUUAAUUCACGUUUUUAGCAGAUUUUUAAUUGCUGAGGCUAUUCAAGAGAAUAUCAAUUUUGUAACUCCCGGUAAUGGAUGCAUAUUAUUAUACAUAAGUCUCCAUAGAUGUGUAUAUGUACCUCUCACCCAAUUGUACAGACUUAUACAUAAAAAGAGAAUAUUUUUUAUCAUUCCAGCAACCCGAUUUUUUAGAGUGGGACGAUGAUUACCAUUUUUUUUCUCCAAUUAGUUCAAUAAAAGCAUUGUCGAAAGUGUA